CGACGGGACGGGAAGCGCAGUGCUGGAGGACCGCAGAGAAGAAGAUGGCUGCGACGGGGCUCGAAAGGCCAGCGCCGUGCGUACUACUCCGAGACGGCUAGACAGGGGACAGGGGGGUAAAAAUGGGGUCGCAGACCCUACAGAUCCUGCGGCAGGGCGUGUGGGCGUCGGUGACGGGCGGAUGGUACUACGACCCGCACCAGAACACAUUCGUGAACGCGCUUCACCUUUACCUGUGGCUGCUGCUGCUCUGCCUCCCGUUCACGCUCUACAUGGCAUUGCCCCCCACCAUGGUGAUAGUGGGUAUUUACUGCGGCGUCAUAGCCGGUAUGUUUGGGCUGCUGAAGGCAGUGAAUUAUCGUCUGCACACUGCGCUGGAUGAAGGGGAGGUGGUGGAGCUGCGUGCCAAAGGGAGUGAAGGGGGUCAGGGCGCAGAGCGUCAACGUGAGGGUACCAACAUCCGGCAGGAAGACUCAAAUGGGCCUGGGGAUCCGGGAGGUGGAAUAGAGAUGUCUGAUUUUCCACGAGAGGAGACGCCACCGGUCGACUGCAGUUCACGAAACUCUUACGUAGGGAUGGACUCUAGCCAUCAGAUAACGUCCCACGGUGGCGCAGUCACAGUGAAACAUUUAAUGUCAGACCCAAAGAUGUUCUGCCUCGUGUCCAAUGACUCUUUCGCCUCCAUGCAGCCGUCAACCUCACUGGCUCAAGACCUGUAUGGCUCCACCCCCCACCCUUUUAGCCAAUCACUAUCCUCUUGUGAUACAGAAAUUACUGCCCAUCUUUCCACCCACUCGCAAUCUUUCCGGAAAGAGUCGUCUCGUCCUCGUGGAUUGCCUCGCACAUCGAGCUCUGCUGGAUCUGCUUUUCCAGAUCCUUCUCUGCCUGAGUUCAGCCUGUAUCCUCCACCACGUAGGGGAGGACUGGAUCCUGUACGCGAGAUGGAGUCCUCCAAAUCACAGAGGGCGACGGAGAGCUCCGAGCAGGCAGACUCUGGAACUCCCAGCACAUCAGUAACGGAAUGCCACAGGCCUUCUCAAAAAAAGCGCUGUGGGAUAUCACGGUCCAUUUCCCGGGAGACUGGGGACGAGGAGUGUCCCGGGGAAGGGGGAUCUGGGCUGUACCAGUCAGAGGGUGUUCAGGGGCGUCGGGUGAGAGCAGGAGGGUGUAGUGCGGAAAGUUUACGGAGUUUAAGCACACGCAGUAGCGGCUCCACGGAAAGCUAUUGUAGUGGAACCGACAGGGAUACUAACAGUACCUUGAGUAGUCUACACAGUGAGCAAACCAGCUCUACGCAUGUAGAGAGCCUCCUGUCACUGUCUGGUGACGAGAAGGUGACUUCAGGACACAGUGAUCCAAGAAACUCUAAUGUGGCCUCGGGGGAGGCUAAUAAAAACCCCCAUGCCAAUGAACUUGCCACUAAACUGCCCUCCAUUGAUGCCCCCAACUCCUCAAUCACAGAGGGCCAAAAGGGAGAGGGGACUCUGGAGGCGGGGUCAAGGACUAGCGCUGACGUCUCUUGUGGCAUCGCUCACCAGCACAAGGAGGCUGAGCCAGACAAAGCACGACGCAAAACCGGCAGUCUUGUUCACCGGGCCGCCUCCUCGUCUACCGCCAGCCGUAAUGGCCGUCGACGUAACGGUAAGCAGCGUGCAAGCAGUUUUGACGCCAGCAGGCACCGGGAAUAUGGUUGUGGGCGCGGCAUGGCAAAGCCUCGCUCUGCUGUGUUCGUGAAAGGAGAAGAAGACUCCAGCGAUCAAAGCGAACUUAGUUGUGCCUCCAGCCUGCACUCCACCCACCAGCUCAGCACAGACUCUUCAUCCAGCACACCCCACUCUUGCCCUUCCCCUGAGGAUCGUCGUGGCCCCCUUCGGGCCAAAAUGCACAGUGUGCAAAACUCAAGUCAGAAAGAUAAAGACAAAGUGCGAGAUAAAGAAAAGGGAAAACGCAAAGCUUUACGUCGCACUCCUAGUACAGGCAGCGCUAAAACACACGCUCGAGUGUUGAGUCUGGACAGCAGCACUACUGCUUGCCUUAAUGACUCCCAUCAUUUGGGGGCGCCAGCAAGUUCCAGACCUCUUACCACUUCCAAGUCAGACCUGGAGGCAAAAGAGGGGGAGGUGCUGGAUGCAGCGUCGCUGCUGGGAAGGGCCUCUCAUCUUGAGUCAGUGACCCGAUCCAGGAACAGCCUGCCUUGUCCCAUUUCCCUCAGUCACACACAAGACCCAGCGACGGGAUCACGUGCCCCAGGAAGCGAUGACGCAGUCACGUUUCGCCGCGAGCGUAGUACGUUCCGUCGACAAGCGGUACGAAGACGGCACAACGCAGGAAGUAACUCCACGCCCCCCGCCUCCCUUAUCGGAUCGCCGCUCAGUCUGCAGGAGGCUCUGAGUCAGGUAUCUCAAGCCUCAGGGUCACAGGUCAGAGGUCAGCCGUCCCGCACGCCCUCUCAGGUGACUGUAUUGAGCACUAGCGCCUCCCUGCUGGUCAGGAACGGAAGUGCGCAGCUGGAGGGCUGCCCAGAUAAGGCCUCCACUGUGGGUGUGGCCAGCCUGCAGGAUGAAUUUGGGAAGCUGUCCCCUCCUCUUUAUGAGGUUGGAGGAUGCGAUGUGUCCCUGGUGAACUACGAACCCGCAACCAGACGAGCCUCCAACAACCUCUGGGAAACAGACUCUCACCUCUCCAGUUCUACCUCAGUUCGUUUUUACCCUCAUGAUCUGAUGCGUCUAAAUCGGCUGCUGUCCAUGGACCCAGAGCUGUUGGAACAGCACGAUGUCGACGGCAGUCCUGACCUGCAGGUGGUGCCACACCUGACGCAGGACUCCUCGCACAAUCACACACAUUCGCACACACACGCACACAAAACCAAGCAGUACUACAGAUUCUGGCUGCUGCCGUACCUGUGGGUCGGGCUGCACUUUGAUAGACUCACACUACUGGCCCUUUUUGACAGGAACCGGGAGGUACUAGAGAACAUGCUUUCCGUGGUUCUGGCGGUUCUUGUGGCCUUUCUGGGGUCAGUGCUGCUAGUUCAUGGGUUCUUCACUGACAUUUGGGUCUUUCAGUUUUGCCUUGUUAUUGCCAGCUGCCAGUACUCCUUACUGAAGAGCGUCCAACCUGAUUCUUCCUCCCCCCGACAUGGUCAUAACCGUAUCAUCGCUUAUAGCAGGCCUGUGUACUUCUGUCUCUGCUGUGGGUUAAUUUGGCUGUUGCAUUAUGGGAGUGUAAACAGCACCACUAGUUCAGUAACUCUGUAUGGAGUCGCUCUCACCAGCUCCGUCCUGCUGUCCCAAGCGCGAGAUCUCCUCAUCGUUUUUACUCUGUGCUUUCCCAUCAUCUUCUUUAUUGGGCUGCUUCCUCAGAUCAACACAUUUGUCAUGUACCUACUUGAGCAACUUGACAUACAUGUCUUUGGGGGAAACGCAUGCACCAGUCUGCUCUCAGCGCUCUAUAGCGUGCUGCGCAGCAUAGUCACUGUAGCGAUGCUCUACGGGUUUUGCUACGGAGCCCUGAAGGACUCAUGGGAUCCCCAGCACAUUCCUGUACUUUUCUCAGUGUUUUGUGGGCUGUUGGUUGCCAUUUCGUACCAUCUCAGUCGCCAAAGCAGUGACCCCUCCGUGCUUAUUUCUUUAGUGCAGUCAAAGGUCUUCCAUAACGUAAAAGAGAAAAAUCCAGAAGAUCCCCUGGCUGAAGUGCAGGAUCCUUUACCUGAGAAACUCCGUAACUCUGUGAACGAGAGAUUGCAGUCAGAUGUGAUUGUGUGUGUCGUCAUCGCCGUGCUGUAUUUCGCCAUUCACGUGAGCACCGUCUUCAUCGCCUUACAGCCGUUUUUGAGCUAUGUUCUGUAUGGUCUAGUCGGGGCAAUAGGGCUGUUAACUCAUUACCUGUUACCCCAGAUGAGAAAGCAGUUACCCUGGUACUGCUUUUCACAUCCGCUGCUCAAAACAAGGGAGUACUAUCAGUUUGAAAUCCGAGGUGCUGCCCAUGUCAUGUGGUUUGAGCGUGCUCACGUGUGGCUGCUGUUUGUGGAAAAGAACAUCCUGUAUCCACUUGUUGUGCUGAAUGAGCUGAGCGGCAGCGCACAGGAGCUCGCCAGUCCCAGAAAACUCAACACAGAGUUUGGAGCUCUAAUGAUAACUAUUGCUGGGCUGAAACUGCUUCGUUCUUCCUUCAGUAGUCCAACAUAUCAGUACGUCACCAUCCUCUUCACUGUCCUGUUUUUCACCUUUGAUUACCAGCAGUUCUCCGAGACGUUACUGCUUGACCUCUUCUUCAUGUCCAUCGUCUUCAGCAAGUUAUGGGAGCUCUUUUAUAAGCUGAAGUUUGUUUAUACCUACAUUGCGCCGUGGCAGAUCACCUGGGGCUCCGCCUUCCACGCCUUCGCUCAACCUUUUGCGGUGCCACAUUCGGCCAUGUUGUUCGUCCAGGCCAUAGUUUCUGCUGUGUUUUCCACUCCCUUGAACCCUUUCCUUGGUAGUGCCAUUUUUAUCAGCUCCUAUGUAAGGCCUGUGCGCUUCUGGGAGAGAGAAUACAAUACUAAGCGAGUGGAUCAUUCCAACACCAGACUUGCCUCUCAGCUUGACAGAAACCCAGGUUCAGAUGAUAACAAUUUGAACUCAAUCUUUUACGAGCACCUGACACGUUCCCUGCAGCAUUCUCUGUGUGGAGACCUUCAGCUGGGCCGCUGGGGAAACUACGGCACUGGUGACUGCUUCAUCCUGGCCUCGGAUUACCUCAAUGCUCUCGUUCACCUUGUCGAGAUCGGCAACGGACUCAUAACCUUCCAGCUCCGAGGACUUGAGUUCAGGGGGACGUACUGUCAGCAGAGAGAGGUCGAGGCGAUAACAGAAGGAGUUGAAGAGGACGAAGGCUGUUGUUGUUGUGAACCUGGUCAUCUGCCGCACUUGCUGUCCUUUAACGCUGCGUUCGGCCAGCGCUGGUUGGCCUGGGAGGUUCUGGUGACUAAAUACGCUCUAGAGGGCUACAGCAUUACCGAUAACAGUGCCGCGUCUAUGCUGCAGGUGUUUGAUCUGCGACGAAUCCUCACUACGUACUACGUCAAGAGCAUUAUUUACUAUGUCAUCGCGUCUCCUAAACUGGAGGAGUGGCUGGCGAAUGAAGUCCUGCUGGAUGGUCUGAAGAGCUGUGGGGAGCGCAACUACGUUGAUCUAGAUCCAACCUUUAAUCCGAACAUCGAUGAGGACUACGACCACAGACUGGCCGGAAUCUCCAGAGACAGUUUCUGCUCCGUCUACCUCAUCUGGAUCCAGUACUGCAACUCACGAAGAGAAAAGCCGCUGGACAGUGAAAAAGACUCUCAGUUGGUUCUGCUUUGUUAUGGGCUGUGUGUUUUGGGAAGGAGAGCUCUAGGAACUGCAUCUCACCACAUGUCCAGUAAUCUGGAGUCAUUCUUGUAUGGGCUGCAUGCCUUGUUUAAGGGAGAUUUCCGGAUCUCAUCUGUGCGGGAUGAAUGGAUCUUUACCGACAUGGAACUGCUGAGGAAAGUGGUCGUGCCUGGAAUACGCAUGUCACUCAAACUGCACCAGGAUCACUUCACAUCCCCUGAUGAAUAUGAGGAGUCGUCUGUACUGUUCGAGGCGAUCUCGUCUCAUGAGCAGAUGCUUGUUAUUGCUCACGAGGGUGACCCGGCUUGGCGCAGUGCUGUGCUGUCCAACUCUCCCUCUUUGCUUGCCCUCAGACACGUGCUGGAUGAAGGGACCAAUGAAUACAAGAUCAUAAUGCUUAACAGACGUCACCUCAGCUUUAGGGUCAUAAAGGUGAAUAAGGAGUGUGUGCGUGGCCUGUGGGCGGGGCAACAGCAGGAAUUGGUGUUUUUGCGGAACAGAAACCCGGAGCGUGGAAGCAUCCAGAACGCCAAGCAAGCGUUACGCAACAUGAUUAACUCUUCAUGUGACCAGCCAAUCGGAUACCCCAUCUACGUGUCGCCCCUGACAACUUCUUACUGUAACACACACCCGCAGCUGGGACACAUACUGGGUGGACCAAUCAGCAUCGCCAACAUACGAAACUUCAUUGUUAACACUUGGCACAGACUGCGUAAAGGUUGUGGUGCAGGCUGCAACAGCGGUGGGAAUGUGGAGGAUUGUGAUGCAGGUGGUCUGUCGUGUGGCAGUGGGAAUUCUGGGAAUUCUGGGACCGGUGCAAGUGAUUCCCAGCAUAGCUCAGGACCCACAGCUCUGCAUGCUUAUGCACAUCACUCGCUAGGAAUGAGUCAGAGUUCUCAGUCUGUGCAGUCGGGUUUGGUGCGCCAGUCACCCGCUCGCGCAUCUGUAGUGAGUCAGUCGUCCUCGUAUCGCCACAGCAGCAGCCGUCAGUCUUCACUCCGUACCUCUGUGACCGGUCUGGAGCCCUGCAGACGCUCAUCCAGCAGCCAGCUGUCUCUCCGCACGCUACCCACCUCCCUCCAGCUCCGCCUGGGCACCAACGCAUCAGCCGCUUCCGACCCGCCCGGCCCCUCCAGCUCUCUCUCCGCCCAUUCCAUCCCGCCCUGUAAACGACAUGCUCACACGCUCGCAGGCCUGCUGGGAAACGAGGUUAGGGCUGGGACAGACCACCAUCCUUACCCCCACCAUCAUCUUCAUCACAUCCACCAUCAUUAUCAAAAUCCAUCACUGUCCUGUCUGAGGAGGGAUGACAUCUCUUACAGAGUUCAGUUCGUGGAUGUAAGUCAGGUGUUGGAUGUAAUGAAUCAGUCCAAGAGGAAGGAGCUGGUGUGGCCCGACGAGAGCAUGAGACAGAGAUCCGGGCGAAACUUCUGGAGAGAGUGGAGCCCUUUAGAGGGCAUGGAGGGUCAUGUGGUUCAUCGAUGGGUGCCUUGCAGCCGUGACCCGGUUAGUCGAUCUCACAUUGAUAAGACCAUCCUGCUGGUCCAGGUGGAUGAUAAACUGGUUCCUAUUGUAGAGACAGGAGUGAUUGAACUGGGGGCAGAGGUGUGAAGACACACACACACUUUUAACGUCAGGCCUCUGCACGUGCCAGAUAGUGGACGCUCCGAGCUGCUGGUUCGGGAGCAGGAAUCCAGGGAAUUGUGCAAACAAAGAAAAUACACACACCCUGCAAGAAGCACACUUGCUGGAAUCUGGACAGAAAGCUGCCUUGCUCUGUGUUUCUCGAAUAUGCUGCAUGAGAGAUCAGCUUCUGUAGACUUUUCUCUCUCUCUGCUUCUCCUUUAUGAGCAGCGGUGGUCUCAUUCUGUCUUUGAGUUUCUAUGCAUCUCAUCAGCUCUUUGUAAACACAUGCAAACACACAGGGAACACUAAGACUUGCUUGAUACACACAUACAAAGGAAACAUUUUUUUUAUUGCAGCUAUAAUUAAGUUUUUUUUUGUAUAUUCUGCCAAAUUAAAUCGGGUGCAGUGUUGCCCUGGAAAUGCAGUGAGUCGCCAAUUCAGACAGACGAUCAUGGUGGGGAUGAUGAAGAUGAUCAAAUAGAAAGCAGGUGCUUCCUAUCCAGACCUCUUCUUCUUCAUCCCCAUAUAUUUUGUUGAGGAUACAUUUCAGAGACAUGUGUUAUUAUGAGAAACUUUAACUUGCACUAUGAUUUUUUUUCUUUCGUUUUUUGAUUUGCAGAUGUGCACUACUCUCUUAAAUCACAGAAAUUAUUUAUUUCUAUACGGUUUAAAUCAUCACGAUUACCGAUGCCUUCGGAAUGAUUAACGCAAAAUCAUUGACACUUUCAUUUUCUGCCACUUUGACCGUUUUUAUUUUUCGCUUGAGGACAGAGGUGGUUUUUACCACAUGUAGUUAUGUACGAAUAUAUAUAUGUGUGUGUGUGUCUGUAAAAAGAUUUGGCUUUGAAUAUUUAUUAUUGUAUUUACAUUUUGUUAUAUUGUUUUUCAUUUACGGGACAAAUAAAGAUGCAUAAAUAUGGAAAACUA